AUGGGUUUAUUUACUAAAUCUAAAAAGACUCAAGAUCUAAAUAAUAUUAAUGAUACUUCAUUUCUGACUACUAAUAGUAUUAAUACUAUCAAUAGUUUAACUAGUAAUCAAAGUAAUAGUACUAUUGCAAGUAAAAAGAAAAUUUCAAGAAAUGAUAUCAAAAUAAAUCAAAUUGGUGAUGGAGUAUCAGGAAAAGUUGAUCUUUAUAGAUCAAGAUCAUCUCCUGAUUUCAAAUAUGCGGUGAAGACUUAUCAUUCUAAAGAAAUGUAUGAAUCAAAAUCAGAAUAUAAAGAUCGUGUAUUAUAUGAAUAUAAUACGUUACAUAAUUUACAUCAUGAAAAUAUUAUUCAAGUUUAUAAAUAUGAUGUUUCUCUUAAUGGGAAUACCAUAAAGACAUUCAUGGAAGCUGGUAGUCCCAAUUUGUAUGAUUUAAUCAAACAUGUCCCAGUAUCAAAAUUAGAUCCCUUAGGAAUGCUUUGUAUUUGGAAACAAAUAUGUCAAGGCAUACGAUAUUUACAUCUUCAAGAUAUUUGUCAUCGAGAUCUUAAAUUAGAUAAUUUAAUUGUCGAUAUACCGAAUCGUACUGUUAAAAUCAUUGAUUUAGUUACUGCGGCUGAUGUUCAUAAUAAUCAAUUAGCUAUUGGAUUAGUUGGUUCACCCAGUUAUUUUGCUCCUGAAACUUUAGAAAGAAUAAGAUAUGAUGGUAAAAAAGCCGAUAUUUGGUCAUUAGGAAUCAUCCUUUAUUAUCUUCUUAAUAAAAAAUUCCCUUGGAAACAAGCUAAAAUUCAAGAUGAAAGAUAUAAGGCAUUCUUAAGUUUAAAUCCUAAUUAUUUAUCUUCAUCAUCAGACCUUCCCCCACCAAUAUUGAAUGAAAGUGGAUAUGAAAUUGGUAAACCAUCGGUAUUACGUUAUUUACCAUCGGAAUCAUGGCCUUUAACGAGUCAAAUAUUCGAAUCUGACCCUGAAAAGAGAUGUGGCAUCGAAGAAUUCUUCACCAAUGAUUGGUUUACAAAUAUAAAAUAUUGUCAUUCCGAUAUAAGAUGUGGUAUAAAUCAUACUAUAGUAUUUAAAGAUCAUGAAAAUGCCUAA